AUGGCUUCCUCGCGUCCCGCCGCCGCCGCCUUCUUCCUCUGCGUUUUCUUGCUGGUCGCGGCCCCCGCCGUCUCCGCCACGUCCUCGCUCGACGGCGAGAAGUCGGCCGCCAAGGGGAAGAAGGGCAUGGCGGCGGUCGACGUGGAGUGGCGGCAGGCCACCGCGACCUGGUACGGCGACGCCGAGGGCGACGGCAGCACCGGCGGCGCGUGCGGGUACGGUUCGCUGGUGGACGUGGUGCCGAUGAAGGCGCGGGUGGGGUCGGUGAGCCCGGUGCUGUUCAAGGACGGCGAGGGCUGCGGCGCCUGCUACAAGGUCAAGUGCCUCGACCACGGCAUCUGCUCCCGCCGCGCCGUCACCGUCAUCGUCACCGACGAGUGCCCCGGUGGCGGGCUCUGCGGCGGAGGCAACACGCACUUCGACCUCAGCGGCGCAGCCUACAGCAGGAUGGCCAUCGCCGGCGCCGGGGCGCAUCUUCGGGACCGAGGCCAGCUCAAGGUGGUCUACAGGAGGACUGCGUGCAAGUACGGCGGGAAGAACAUUGCCUUCCAUGUGAACGAGGGCUCGACCAGCUUCUGGCUCUCGCUGCUCGUCGAGUUCGAGGACGGGGAGGGCGACAUUGGAUCCAUGCAGCUGAAGCAGGCGAACUCGGCGCAGUGGCUGGACAUGAAGCACGUGUGGGGCGCCACGUGGUGCCUCUACGGUGGACCCACAGCGGGCCCCUUCUCCGUGAGGCUGACGACGUUGUCCGCACCUAAGACGCUCACGGCCCGGGACGUCAUCCCCAGAAACUGGGCGCCAAGGGGCACCUACACCUCCCGCCUCAACUUCGACACCACUCUCUGA